AUGCCGAACAUGAUACUGUCCUUAGCUCAUUUCUGCGACAAGCAUGGCCCUCGUGUUCUGUUAGGUACACAGUUCGCAGCGGAUGGAGAAUCUCUGUUUCUUCCGGAUUAUGCGACGGAGACGUUCUGCGAGUCAUGUUCAAUGAAAUUUCCCAAUAAUGACACCUCGUCGCGAUCCAUGCGUACACGUAUAAGAGAAAGAGACUAUGUGUCUACCAAUUACCCAGCUGUUAGAUACCAGCUGGUUUCAUCUGUGAUCAGACACAUGUUUUCGGAGGAAACCAUGACCUACGACAGCGCACCAUUAUCGUUUUUCGACGAAUCCAAGGGUUUGAAUCUGGUGAUGGGUUUCAAAUUACCGGAUACAGAUGCUCGUGGUGACGAGAGACGCUAUGCAGUGCUUCUCACCAUUGAUAGUCCUGAUCAUGCUUCUUCAAUGAAAUUGCUGGCAAGACAUUGGGAGUUCACAACUUACAGCUUUAAGAAGAUCAUAGAUUACAUCAAACAACGACGAAAACUAGAAAUGAAGCGCAGCUUCGCAGAACACGUUCCACAAGAGUUUACCCCCAUGGGUGGAACAUAUCUAAAGGGAAAUAACUAUAAGAUUGCACGAAAUUUAACAUCGUUGACGAACGAUGAUCUGCUCUUCGUGCGGGUUCACAGAUGGAACACGUAUAUUUUGGAUGCUCUAAAUUCUGAUGCAGUAUAG